ACACAACAAGUCGCGUCGCUUUCUUCCUUCUCCUCCUCCGGAUUCGAAUGCCCCCCUCUAACCCCGCGAUUAGCAGCUCAUUAAUUCCACUCCAAAAUUAAUGCAUCCAUCCAUCGAUAAUAAUCCUCCCAGCCCGAAGCGGAGCGCAGCCACCACACCAACGCGAGCAGCCGCGGAUGCGCUCCAAUUUAUUGCUUUCUCCCCCUCCUCCUCCCCCCACACACAUCCCCUCUCCCCACGAGUAGAGUAGAGUAGAGUAUAGUUGGGUUGCGUUGCGUCCGCGCUCUCCUCGCUCGCCGAUCCGCCGCUUCCAGAAGCUUCCAGAUCCGCCGGCAAUGGUGGUGUAGCGCGGCGAGGGGGGCGAGAUGGGCGGGGGUGGCUUGCUCCUCCCGCUCCUGCUACUGCUCGCCGCGGUCUCCACGCUCCGUGCAAUGGCACCACCUAGUCCAGCUCCAUAUCCAUCAGGAUCCCCAGAUACAAGAUUGCUUGGGCCCCGAAUUUCACCGGCAUUUUCUCCAAGGGCAAUGGCUCCAGAAUCCACUGGCGUUUCGGUGCACCCUCCUUCACAUAAGCACCACAUAAGGCCACAACAUGCUCAUUCACCAUCCCCAUCUCCCCUGCCCCAAGCAGGUUGUACUGAUAACUGCUCGGAUCCAAUGACUACAACACCGAUUGGCUCCCCCUGUGGUUGUGUGCUGCCUAUUAGUGUUAUUGUUGAUCUAGAUGUAGCUCCAUAUUUGCUAUUCAUGCGGAUAGCAGAACUAGAAGUUGAAGUUGCAGCUGGGACGUUUCUUAAACAAAGCCAGGUGAAGAUCAUGGCUGCAAUUCCAAGUAUACAGGAUGAUCAGAAGACCAGGGUGACCAUUUAUUUGGUGCCACUAAGAGAACAGUUUGAUGGCUAUACUGCCUCCCUGAUAUCUGAUAGGUUCUGGAAUAAUAAGAUUCAGAUCAAUUCGUCUAUUUUUGGAGAUUAUGAAGUUAUAAAUGUUACCUAUCCAGGCUUGCGAUCUCCACCACCAUCUCUGCCUGAGACAUCUCAUAAUGAUCCAACUGGAACCGGAGAAGAUCCAAUAACUGCUGAUGUGCACCAUGGGAGGAACAAGAAACUAGAUUCAUGGAUCAUUGUGGUAGUUGUAGGGUCUUCUCUCACACUUAUAGCAGCAUGCAUUGGGCUUGCGAUUUUACUAGUAAAAUGGUAUAAACUUAAACAGCUUCAUGAGGCUGUGAGCCCUGCAACUACCCCAGCAGUCAAUAGAAGAUAUGGUGGCAGAUCAACUUUAUCUGUUAGCAGGGUGAGCUCAGCAUCGGCGUCAAUGCUCUCAACAGUGGCUACUUGCACAACAUCUGUGAAGACAUUUUCACUUGCCCAGCUUGAAAAGGCUACUGAUGGUUUUGAUUCAAAAAGAGUAUUGGGUCAAGGUGGGUUUGGACGUGUCUAUCUUGGGACCAUGGAUGGUGGAGACGAUAUUGCUGUUAAAUUGCUCACCAGAGAGGACAGGAGUGGUGAUCGAGAGUUCAUUGCAGAGGUGGAAAUGCUCAGUCGACUACAUCAUCGGAAUCUUGUCAAAUUGAUUGGCAUUUGCAUUGAGCAGAACAAAAGGUGUCUUGUUUAUGAGCUUAUACGCAAUGGAAGUGUUGAAUCCCACCUUCAUGGUGCUGAUAAGGCUAAAGGCAUGCUGAACUGGGAUGUUAGGAUGAAAAUUGCUUUGGGUGCUGCUAGAGGCUUAGCAUAUCUACAUGAAGAUUCAAACCCUCAUGUUAUACAUCGUGACUUCAAGGGCAGCAAUAUAUUGUUGGAGGAAGAUUUCACUCCUAAGGUUACUGAUUUUGGUUUAGCAAGGGAGGCAACCAAUGGAAUUCAACCCAUUUCUACUAGGGUAAUGGGUACUUUUGGGUAUGUUGCUCCAGAAUAUGCCAUGACUGGGCAUCUUCUUGUGAAGAGUGAUGUCUACAGUUAUGGUGUCGUCUUGCUGGAGCUUUUAUCAGGAAGGAAGCCUGUAUGCAUGUCCGAUACCAAUGGUCCUCAGAACCUUGUGACUUGGGCUCGUCCUUUGCUAUGCCACAAGGAGGGUUUGGAGAGGCUGAUCGACCCUUCUCUGAAUGGCAAUUUCAACUUUGAUGAUGUAGCUAAGGUGGCAUCCAUCGCUUCCAUGUGUGUUCACAAUGAUCCGUCACAGAGGCCAUUCAUGGGUGAAGUGGUGCAGGCACUGAAGCUUAUUUACAAUGAUGCAGAUGAGGCCUGCGAUGAUUCUUACAGUCACAGGGAUUCAUCGUGUGACCAAUACGACGACUACCAUGGUGCCCUGGCCCUCGACAGUGGAAGCGGUAGCUGGUGGAAUAGAAGCUCAAAUCCUUCCGGGUUUUUUGACAAUCGGAACCCACUACCAGUUAUUACCAUGGAAUACAGCUCCGGCCGGAUAGACGGAUUACAUGACCCUCGCUAUCCAUUGUCGACGGGUGCUCAUGUACAAUCACCAGCCCUCCAGAAUAGAUCAGGACCCAUCCGGAUGAAGAAAAAGCUUGCCUCAUUUUACCGGUCUAGAGGUAGCUUCAGCGAGCAUGGGCAGAUGCCUCGCCAUUGAUUAAUAAUCUAGUGUUAGACUGUUAGCUUCAGUUGACUUGGGAUUGAGGCUGUGGGGGGGUUUCUUUUACCUCUCGUUGAUUCUUGCCUCUUGGUUAGUGUACAGUUUUCCCGACAAUCCCGGUGACCCUCUGGUGUGGUGCUGCCGUCACCAGUAUAGAUGUUGUUUUCAUUUGCCUUAAUUUCUGCCUCCCCAAGAAGCAAAUGAGGAUAUGGGGUUGGCAGGUGUUCUCUAAUUUUGCAAAAUUGCGGUUCAUUCCUCAUGCAUCUCAUCUCUGAUUUGUGUAACCUGGGUAGGAAAAUUUCUUGCCAGAAUUCUGGGCAUCAUCUUGUACUGGGUUGUUAAGAAUUGGAUUAUUUGACCCUCCUCUCGUUGCCGAGGCUGUACAUGUCAGGUGUUAGCAUUCCUUCCUAGUAA